UGGUGAAGGCUGCGGGAGGGCGGCGCCGCUGGAGGAGUCGGAGGACCGGACCGGGGGCGGGUGGGGGGGCGAAACGGCCGAAACCUCCACUCGAAAUCAAUCGCAUUUGAACGAUGGGGCAGUGCGGAAUAACGUCCUCUAAAACCGUCUUGGUCUUUCUGAACCUGAUAUUCUGGGCGGCGGCAGGGAUCCUGUGUUACGUGGGAGCUUAUGUCUUCAUCACGUAUGAUGACUAUGACCACUUCUUUGAAGAUGUGUACACACUGAUUCCAGCAGUCGUCAUCAUUGGUGUUGGAACACUCUUAUUUAUCAUCGGCUUAAUUGGUUGCUGUGCCACCAUCCGGGAAAGCCGCUGUGGUCUGGCGAUUUUUGUGCUGAUCCUGCUGUUAGUUUUCAUCACGGAAGUAGUGGUUGUGGUGCUUGGCUACAUCUUCAGAGCGAAGGUGGAGGAUGAGGUUGAUAACAGUAUUCAGAAAGUCUACAAUGAAUACAAUGGAACGUACCCGGAUGCAGCCAGCCGUGCAAUUGAUUAUAUACAGAGACAGUUGCGUUGCUGUGGGAUCAAUAAUUAUUCCGAUUGGGAAAAUACGCAAUGGUUCAAACAAGCUAAGAACAACAGUGUCCCGAUAAGUUGCUGCAAAGCAAAUCUCAGCAAUUGCACAGGCACCAUGAGCCACCCUUUAGAUCUAUAUGCAGAGGGAUGCAAGGUUCUGGUAGUAAAGAAACUUCAGGAAAUUAUGAUGUAUGUUAUUACGGCAGCAUUGGCAUUUGCUGCUAUUCAGUUGCUGGGCAUGUUGUGCGCCUUGGUUGUACUUUGCAGGAGGAGUGGGGAUCCUGCCUAUGAGCCCCUCAUCACUGGAGGAACCUAUGCAUAAUUGCUUCCUGGGUUUGCCCUCUUUUUCUUGAAGUUGAUUUAUCAAUAUUGUCACUACUGGAGAGCUCAGAGGCCCCAUUGGGGUCAGACACUUGAAGUAGCUCCUUUUGUAACAUAAAUAAGCUAAAGCACACCUUUACACAAUUCAGAACUGCUGGAAUAGCUGUGUUUAACUACACAUACAAUGGGCGAAACUGAGGCCCUUUAUAACUAGUAGAUAAAUUGUACAAACUGACAACUAAUACUUUAGUAAUCAAGGUAAUCUAAUUGGUGGUAGCCUGAUCUUCCAAGAUUUAAACAUGAAUUGUACUGUCCUGAAUCUAUAAACGUUUUAUUUGUAUUGUGUGCACUAUUUUCUGUAUUUAGAUAUUUUACAUUGUAUAGUUUUUCUGUUACUGUCUGUGUAGUGCGUAAAUUCUAAUACCUUUUAAUUUGUUUCUUGGAAUAAUGGAGCAUUGUAACAGAAGGAUAAGUGUGUGAAACUGAACUGAUUUAACAAAUAUAAAUAAAUGAUUGAAACUGAA